AUGUUCACGGGGAAACGUUGGAUACUUGUUGUUGCCGUUGGCGCCCUGGUCGGCGCCUCGGUAAAGGCAGCCGAUUUUUCUGGCAGGGGAACCGUCAAUGGACAGCCGGUUGGCAGCGGUUAUUCCGGAUAUCCCCGUGGCGAUGAUGUUAGAGAAUCAAUGGCUGCACCCGAAGAUCUGCCAGGCGAGAGGCAACCGGAGACACCCACGGCGGAAGCUGUAAAACAGGCAGCGGCAAAAGCUUAUCGAUUACUCAAGCAGUUUACUGCGAAGGUCGGACAGGAAACUGAGAACGCCUACUACCACGUGAAGAAAGCGACAAUGAAAGGCUUUGACGUUGCAAAAGACCAGUCGUAUAAGGGCUACUUGGCCGUCAGGAAAGCCACAGCUAAGGGCCUGCAGAGCGCUGGCAAGAGCCUUGAGCUUAAAGAGUCGGCACCGACAGGCACUACGACUGCGGCGCCGACUGAAAAAGUGCCCCCCAGUGGCCCGCGAUCAGGUGAAGUUCAGCGUACUCGUAAAGAGCAAAAUGACGUGCAGCAAACCGCAGAGAUGUUGGCUGAGGAAAUUCUUGAGGCUGGGCUUAAGAAGGACGAUGGAGAAGGACGGGGAACGCCAGAAGCUGAAGUCAAUUAA